UCCCGAGCGCUGUAGCUCGCGCUGAUUGACAGUUAGCGAACGACUGCGGACGGCGCAGGAUCUUUAAACCGCUCGCUCGCAAAGAGAAAACGCACGGCCCGCUCGUGUGUGCCUGUGCGAUUGCUUCUUGUAUAGUCUUUUCUUGUAUACUAUCUAUCCGGUCUCUUAUCGUCGUCGCAGUCGUCGCCGCCGUGAGCUUCUUUUGCCGUCACAAGGAAAAGUCAAGCCAGUCUAUUUCCUGGCUUCUCCUCAGCUCAACGACUAGUGUUGUCUCUGACUGACUGCGGCCGCAUCACGUGUCUAACCCAAGUCAGAAAGUGAGUGAGAGAGAGAGAGAGAGAGAGAGAGAGAGAGAGAGAGAGAGAGAGAGAGAGAGAGAGAGAGAGAGGUUUGUAAGGCACGCCACGGGGUUACUCGGCAGGUUUGUGCAGUCAGUAUCCGCCCUCUCUCUCUCGUGCGCGUGUGUCCUUCGGAGCAUCAGGACGCCAUCGGAGUUACUGUGAAUUUGCAGCUGCAGUGGCGUCGAGUACAAACUACGUAUACGAUCGUCAAACAAGUCGAGCCAGAGAUUACCCGUGUGGACGGAAAUGAUAAGUAGAACCGGCUGAUUCUUCGUCUUCGUGAAAAGCUUAAGAAGAGGACAAGUUCGUCGCGUGUCCUUGUAUAUAGCAAAGGCUUUAUUCAAGAAGAAGAACAAGAAGGCACGUGGGCGCUGUUGAUAUGCAAGUCGACUACUGAGCACAAGAGCGUGACAGAUUCGCGCUCUUUUUUCACUCUCAACCAGCCUCCGCUAGUGUUUCAUCGUCGAGGUUCAUCCUCGAGCAGAAAAAGGAUGACGAGGAGACAAGAGUCAUCGUCGUGGUCUUGGCGAGCAGCUGCUUCUCUUUACUGACGCCGAUUGGACAACUCUAAGCAGUUAGCCCAGCUCAAGGAAUACCCACUAAUCAAUCUCUGAUUUUCAACGAAUUAGACCUAGAGUGCUGUAGUUGUCCGUCGGAAUCAUAGACGUUGCGACUAUCUGCCGACGAGAGAUAGCUUGUAUCACCGAUACAAGCAUUAUCGAGCGCGUUUUUGAACCGAGUUUACCGACGGUACGCGGAUAACGCGAGUGUUGACAGUGACAUAAAAUAAUCGAAAAUAGCUAAAUUGGUGAAUUGAAGCAAGAAGAGGAGUGCGAGAAAGGAGUGUUUUUAAGUGAGAAGAGAAGAGGCUCUUGUCAUUUUUCCCGGGGAAAAUAUAGCCGCUACGGUGGCUCAGCACGCAGAGUAUCCGGGCGCAGCCAGGGCAUUCAUGGCGCAGCCGCCCAGGGGGUACGAAGAUGGCAUGCACGGGGGCUACCUCGAAGGCGGCGGUGGUGCCGGCAUGUACGAUCCACACGGGAGCGCCCGCAGUGUGCCGGGUCUCCACCACAGUCCGCACCUGGGAGCCAUGGGCCCAGGACACCCUCAGUACCCGCCGCCCCCGCCACAGCCACAGCAUGUACUAGCAGCGGCAGCAGCCGCGGCAGCCGUACCCGAAGCCCACGUGAAACGUGACAAAGACGCCAUUUACGGACAUCCCUUGUUCCCGCUGCUCGCGCUAAUUUUCGAAAAGUGCGAGCUGGCAACGUGCACACCUCGCGAGCCUGGCGUCGCAGGUGGCGACGUUUGCUCGUCCGAAAGUUUCAACGAGGACAUCGCCGUCUUCUCCAAACAGAUCAGACAAGAGAAGCCUUACUACAUCGCCGACCCGGAGGUGGACUCGCUGAUGGUUCAAGCGAUCCAAGUACUCCGGUUUCACCUCCUAGAGCUUGAAAAGGUUCACGAGCUCUGCGACAACUUCUGCCACCGGUACAUCAGCUGCCUGAAGGGCAAGAUGCCGAUCGACCUGGUGAUCGACGACCGGGAGAGCACGAAGCCCCCGGAACUUGGCAACGGCCUCGACGGCGGCGGUCCCCGCAGCACCGCCGACAGCGCCAGUCACACCGAUGGAGCCAGCACGCCGGACGUCAGGCCACCCUCCUCGUCACUCUCGUACCCCGGACCUGGCGGUAACGACGACGCACGCAGCCCCGGCAGCGGGGGCACACCUGGACCCCUCAGUCAACAAGCCCCCUCAAGUCUGGACUCAUCGGAUCCUGAUGCCAUGGGUAAGUGGAAUAAUCGGCCUUACUCCGGCUCGCCGGCAGCAGCAGCAUCAGCAGCAGCGGCGGCGGCGGCGGCGGCGGCUAUGUACUCGCCAAGUGAGGGUAAAUGGUGUCAACGUCCAAGAGACUGGAGCUCGCCGCCAGACGCGCAAAGAGCGGCGAGCGAUGCCGCGCGACGCGGCGUCCUCUACUCCUCCGUCUUCCUCGGCAGUCCCGGCGACGCGAGUAACGCGAGUAUCGGCAGCGGCGAAGGAACGGGCGAGGAAGACGACGAUUCGUCGGGUAAGAAGAACCAAAAGAAGAGGGGCAUCUUUCCCAAGGUCGCGACCAACAUCCUCAGGGCGUGGCUCUUUCAACACCUCACGCAUCCGUACCCAUCGGAAGACCAGAAGAAACAGUUGGCGCAGGACACGGGGUUAACGAUUCUUCAAGUCAACAACUGGUUCAUCAACGCGAGGCGCAGAAUCGUCCAGCCAAUGAUCGACCAGAGCAAUCGAGCCGUGUUUCCGACAUUGUCCGCAGGUCCAAGCGGUGCUUACAGUCCGGACGCGACGAUGGGCUACAUGAUGGACGGACAAGCGGCCAGCAUGAUGCACCGGCCGCCCACCGACUCGACCUUCCACAACCAGUACCAUUAUCCACCAGAGUACUACGGGCACCACUUAUAAAGCUGGAUGCAGGCGUAGGCGGAUGAACGACGAUGAUCGCACAUCGUAGCGAAGAGAUAGCAGCAGCAACAGAUGAAGCAUGACUGUCCUAGCGCGCAACCCGGAACCACGCGAAGUCGCCUGCAAGGCGCGACGAUCGCAUGGAUGAAGAGCCACCGUGAGAGAGAGAGAGAGAGAGAGAGAGAGAGAGAGAGAGAAAGCGUCGAAUAAACAAAAAAGUAAUAAUUAACAAAGAAUUACCUACGUGCAGAGCCGACGAUUCUUGCCCCGCUGAUCUGCAUGCUCAUCUCGCUGGAACGUUCGUGCGCGCUUUUCCCGAUCGAGCCCGAGACCCGCGCGAGAGAAAGCGCGACUCCCCUCGAACGCGAUCCGAUUGUCCGUACAGAUCGGCACGCGAGAGCGAGGGGCAGCUUGCAGCCGAUCGGAGGAACCGCGGAGCCACGCGGUUACCCGCCGAACGCGGUUCUACACGGUGUCCCUCGCCGCGCAAGUGCCACGGACGAGCCACGAGCACGGAAGGGUCCGAGGUGACGCGGAUGAGAAGUGAACGCGCACGAGCAUCGAGGAGAGAAUAAAGCUGAAGAUUCAUAAGAUUUCGAGGAAAGGCAACAAGCAAACACACGGCGGUGCAGACGGUCGCGAGAUGAAAAAAUUCAUGUGAUUGUUCUUUGUACAAAAUAUUUGCGGUGUAAUAUUGUAGUGAUUGAAGAUAUUAAAUGUUAAAUUUUAAUACGAUCGCAAUUGAGAGACUAUAUAUGUAAUGAACAUAGUUAUAUAGGCAAUUUUUAGCGGGCAUGUACAUUACAAUGGAAUUCUCGCGCUGCGAGCUAAAUCCACACGCACACACACACACGUAUAACACAUACAGACACACACACACACGCGUGUACUCGUAGGAGUCGUAGGCCGAAUGCGAAGGACACGAGCUGCACGCUUGAGAGAGGGAGAGGUUGACGAGAUGGAAAAUGUCCCGAUCGAAUCGAGAUGGGAAGGUGCUCUCACAAUAAUCCACCUCGGAGGAGAGGAUUGAAAAAGAAACGAAAGCGGCUCAUUCGACGGCGUUGCGCAUAUAUCGAUUCUCUCUCGCGCGCACGAAGCGACGGACAGCUAUUGCAGCGCGCGGACAUACGGGAGUGUGACGCGCAAGCCGAGAAAUACUACUUAUAGAGAAGUGUGGUCACUCGCUAAAGCGUCGACGGAUUUUCUCGACACGCAAUAGGAACAUUGAAUCUGUACAGUUCUUAAUUAUAAAUAUAAAUUUACUAACUAAACAGAAGUAAACUAUAUAAAUAUAUAAAUAAAUAAAUCAUUAUAAAAAAAGGAGAAGAUAACAAGAAGAGGAAGAAAAAGAGCACAGAGCAGCGCGCCCCGCUCCGCAUUGUAAUAUAGACGGGAGGGAGAAGGCUAUUGUGGCAUUGGAGAAAAUGUUGGAAGAACGAUCUGACUUCGCAAGUUUGACGAGGAAAAGAGGAGGACGAGGGAAACGACGUGAAGGUGGAUACGGAAGCGCGGUCAAAGGGGGCACAGGCACCGAGGAGGUUCGCCGAUGAAGGUCGACCAGAAGUAGCCGAAGCGACGACGAACCGCUCGAAAAAAACCUAGGGAUUAAUUUAGAGAGUUAACGAUUACGAUUUACUAUAAUAUAUUGUGUAUAAAUAGUUAAUUCAAUUGCGUGAGUGAGGAUCAGCACAAAUGGAACAAGUUGCAAAAAUGAGUGGCAAGAGGCGAGUGCGAUUGUUGUUCUUUGUUUAAACUAUUUUUUUUCUUCUUUUUUUUCGUGAGCGCGAACUAUAUGGUAUGACUGCGUUAUAGAUUGGCAACGAGAGACAGGGCAGCGAUGUAUUAUAGUAUAUACAUAUUAUAUAUAUAGUAUGCGAGUAGCAGGUAUUUAGGGUUCGAAUGUAUACACACACACACACACACACACACAAGACCACGUUCGGUUCGUCUGUAUUUUUCCUUUAUCUUUUCGCUACUGUUGCUCUGGCUCCUACUCCCAUCACGAGAGAUCUUAGAGUUCUCUCGACUCGUAGUGAUACCUACGAGGAUUUUCGUACAGCCUGCAGCAGCAGAGUGUGGAUCGGCAGCGUUUGCGAUGUACCGAGAAAAUCUACGAGGAAAAGACAAAGAAAAAUUAAGAUCUCGAUUUUAUGCCAUUUGUAUCUCCUCGCCCCGAAGUUCUUGUUUUGUUAACGGUGUGCUCGCUCUUGAUUGACGAGAUUCGUCAAGGUCAGUGUGUUUUUCUUGCCUUUUAAUUUAUUCUCAGCAGCACAUCGGCACGUACGAUUUUAACUUUUACUUUGCUCGAGAAGAAUAAACAAAACGGACGUCAAACUUUCAACGUCCAUUUCAAACGAGUGAAUGCGAGUGAAAGAGCGAGAGAACGCAUUCGAAGUCCAUUCUUUAUCUCUAGAUACUAAAUGUCCUUGAUAUACGUAAGAGUGCAAGACGGAAAGUGAAUAUGAGGAAAGAGAGAAAGACAACAACACACACAAACAAAGCUUAUUAUGAUGAGGCUCCUGGUGAUGGCAACGUUUAGCAUCAUUUCAAUUUCGAAGCGACACGACGAGCAAUGGUGGUUUGAAAAAAGAAGAUGGCAUUUUAACUCACAAGAAUGAUCAUAUUGAAUGUAAAUCGAAAUUCCAAAUAUUUUAAAUAUGCUCAAUUUACACGCCAGAGAUUAUUGAAAAAUCAUUAUAAAUUUUGAAUCUCUUAUAACAUUUUAGUCGUUUUGUGGCCAGAGCUAAAAAACUUACGACAUCUUGCGGAAUAGCAAUUGUUUCACGUUGAAUGUUCAAACUUGACGGAACGUAGUAUCAAUUAAUCCAAUCCUACUCAUGAUUGCUGACUACAUCGAUAUACGAUCGUCAAUUUUACACAGUGAGCAUUUAUUUUUCAGUUCAACGUACGAGACGACGUUUUAGUAUACUAAGAACAACAAAAAAUGGAAACUCAUGUAUACCAAAAGUCUCAGGUGGUUAAAAAUUGUCAUAUGAUUGAUUGAUUGGAGAAAGAAGCGCCAAGGAAUAGAUACUUUUAAUCAUUACUCAAUUAUAUCGCGUUAGAAGAAUCGAAUUUUUCUCCAAUGAAUCACGAAAAGAAAUGCCUUCAAUGGUAGCCGAAACUCCUGCCGAUACAAUGUAUAAGCCUCUCUCUGAUACUUAUAUCUUUUAAAAAUCUCGAGCAUGCCGGUCGAAAAUUGCCGACAUUCUCAACGAGGAGCAAUCAAUUUUAAUUCAAUGAAAAGACGACUCGAUCGAAGCAGACAAUCAACUACUGGACGCGUACAUCAAUAAUGUUAGCAUAUUUUAACAGGCUUUUUCUCGAGCUCUUGGCCUCGCGUCUACUAAUUCACGCCGUGGACAGCGUUUUUUUCUUACUUCUCUCGACGCACUGUAUUUGUUAACGGCGUGGAUCCUUCAAUUUUGUUGAGUGUCCACGGCGUGAUUCAGCGUGACGUCAGCAGUUCUUCCCGAAACGCCAGGAGUUUCGGCUUUUUAUCGUACGUUUGUUUAAUCAACGUAAACGUAUCAGGCGAAAUCGGCUUAAGUAACUAAACUGCUCUGCUCGAUGAAUCGCUUGAUCGCUCGACCGAGGCUUGAAGCGUUAGUAGUAUUACCAUAUUGAUUUGACUAUGUUUUUUUCAUAGUGCAAUUUUCUUAAUUGUUGAACUAAUUGCUAUUUUAUAAGUAUGAUAAUUCUAGUAAAUGUAAGUGUUGUAGUUUUUAUUUAUUGACGAGACAAAACUGACGUUAAUCAUUCAUGUUAACUUCAAGCCUCAGAAGCGUCGAGUGGGAAGUUCGUCAAGGGCAAACGAUAUCUAUAAGGGUAUUCGGCGAAUCGAUUGCUGAAAGACUACUGCCGCUGCCUUUUGUUACAGGGUUCAAUAUAGAAAUACAAGCACGAUCAUCAUACUAAUAAUCGGUCAGGUUCCGAUCCGACGAUGAAUCAUGAUUCGCAUAUAGCUCCAAAGCUUUCAGCGUCGGCAUCGCCGGAUUCCCGAUUUUAAAGUGCGUAUACGAUUUAACAAUAAUGUUUGCUAUUGCUCAAAUAAGGGAUAUACGAUGUAAAAUUUGACGACAAAAAAAUUUAAUGAAAAUUCAAGAUACGAUGCGAUCCGACAGUUUGGCUGGUCGUUUGAAAAUGAGUUCAUUCGAUUGAAUCAUCGCCUUAAAAAUGUAUACGAAGUAACAGUUAAGCUAUCUAAGUAAUAUACACGUUAGAAGGUAUAAAAAAAGAGAGAGUACACAGAGUUUUUAUCAACAGCAGCAUCCAGCGACUCGAGCGAGAGCGUAAAGCACGAAGUAACGAGAAAAAAUAUUGAAAAGAUGUGCGUGUAUUGUUAUGUGCGUGCAGGAGCAUGUGAGCGAUGGAUUGCACGAAUCGGUACAAGAAAAAAAGCUUGAGUGCAUGAGUUUUGAUGAGCGUGUGAACGAAGAGAUUAUGAAGAAAUUCGUAAAAAAGAAAAACACACUGUAUAAUUAUUAUAUUGUGUAUAAUUAUGAUUACCGAAUGCCGAUCUUCGCCUGGUCGACGAUCGAGACUGAGACGAAGGUCGGGGUAACGAAAAAAUUGUUGCGAUCACUAUUGUAAACGAUAAUGAUAAAGAUGAUGUAUAAAUAAGAUAACAUUCAUUAUAUCGGUAUGAAAUCUGAC